GGUUCGGGCCGGAAAGAGAAAGGGGAGAGUCAGCCUCCGUAAACUGGAGAUAGUGGGGGUUAAACCUGGGAAUCGGGAAAAAGGACUGUACGGGAACCUGGGAAUAUUGAUCUGGGUGAAUCUAGGCGGAAAGAAGAAGCCGGUCCUGUUGGGUAUAAAAUGGGAAAGGAUGAUGGGAUCCCAGUAAGAGUUGCCUUACGAUGCCGCCCUUUGGUGACAAAGGAGAUUAAUGAAGGCUGCAAGACAUGCCUUACAUUUGUGCCAGGCGAGCCACAGGUUAUUGUAGGUUCUGAGAAAUCCUUCACUUAUGAUUAUGUGUUUGAUCCAGUUACUGAACAAGAGGAAGUAUUCAAUGCAGCAGUUGCCCCACUGAUUAAAGGGUUGUUUAAAGGUUACAAUGCUACUGUGCUAGCAUAUGGCCAGACUGGUUCUGGAAAGACUUAUUCUAUGGGUGGAGCAUAUACUCACGAUCAGGAGAAUGAGCCAUCUGUGGGAGUUAUUCCAAGAGUGGUCAAGUCUCUCUUUAGUGAAAUCGAAAAGAGAGCAGAGUGGGAGUUCCUCCUAACAGUAUCUUACUUGGAGAUCUACAAUGAGGAAAUUCUUGACUUAUUAUUCUCUGCUCGUGAUAAAUCUCCCCAGAUAAGUAUCCGUGAAGAUCCUAAGGAAGGGAUUAAGAUAUGUGGCUUGACUGAGCGGGAUGUUAAGACUGCAGUUGACACCGUUUACUGUUUGGAGCAAGGGAAUAGUAAUCGUACUGUUGCAUCUACAGCUAUGAACUCCCAGUCCUCUCGGUCACAUGCUAUCUUCACUAUCUCUAUUGACCAAAGGAAAGAGGGAGACAAAAGUAACAGCUUUCGUUCAAAGUUGCACCUUGUGGAUUUAGCAGGAUCAGAGCGCCAGAAAAAGACUAAAGCUGAAGGAGAUCGAUUGAAGGAAGGUAUAAGCAUUAACCGUGGCCUUCUGUGUUUGGGGAAUGUUAUCAGUGCUUUGGGAGAUGACACCAAGAAAGGCAGCUUUGUUCCUUACAGAGACUCAAAACUGACACGUCUUCUGCAGGAUUCUCUUGGAGGGAACAGUCACACACUUAUGAUUGCAUGUGUUAGUCCUGCUGAUUCCAACAUGGAAGAGACCCUUAACACACUGCGCUAUGCAGACAGGGCACGAAAAAUAAAGAACAAACCUAUAGUCAACACUGAUCCACAAGCUGCUGAGCUUCAUCGUCUCAAGCAACAGGUACAAGAGCUGCAGGUGCUGUUGCUCCAGGCCCAUGGUGGCACUUUGCCUGUGUUGACAAACAUGGAACCUUGUGAGAAUCUGCAGUCCCUAAUGGAGAGGAAUAAAACUCUUGAGGAGGAAAAUGGAAAAUUAUGUCGGGAACUGAGCGGAGCAGCAGAACAGACUGCUCAAAUCCUGGAAAAAAUUAUUAUGACAGAACAAGAGAAUGAUAAGUUGAUAUCAACAAUUGAAGAGCUCAAACAGCAUGCUGCGUGCAAAGUAGAUCUGCAGAGGCUGGUAGAGACCCUUGAAGACCAAGAAAUGAAGGAGAAUGUGGAGGUCAUCCGUAAUUUACAGCAGGUCAUUGCUCAACUUCAGAAUGAAAGUUCUGGUAUUGCAGACUCUAUUGAAGCCAUGACUAAAGAGGACCCUGGCUCACCUGAAGCAGAAGAGAAAGAAACCAACACAGGAGAAAAGCGUUCCUCUGAUGGCUUCACUACCCAGCAUGCCCUGAGGCAGGCACAGCUCUCCAAGGAGUUGAUAGAGUUAAACAAUGCAUUGGUGUUGAAAGAAGCCUUGGCUAAAAAGAUGGUGCAGAAUGACAACCAGCUGGAGCCCAUGCAGAGCGAGUACAUGGACAACAUAAAGAACCUGGAAUCUGAAGUUGGAGCACUACAGAAAGAGAAGGAGGAGCUUAUCUUGGCCCUUCAUUCUGCUAAAAAAGACAUCAACCAGGCCAAGCUGAGUGAGCGCAGGCGUAAGAGGCUGCAAGAGCUGGAAGGACAAAUGACUGAUUUAAAGAAGAAACUGAGUGAGCAGUCAAAACUUCUGAAACUCAGAGAAUCCACAGAGAAAACAGUUUCCAAACUCAACCAUGAGAUUCAGGCUAUGAAAGUACAGCGUGUGCAGCUCAUGAGACAGAUGAAGGAAGAUGGUGAAAAGUUCCGCACUUGGAAACAGCAAAAAACCAAAGAGGUUAUUCAGCUUAAGGAGAAGGAUCGUAAGCGGCAAUAUGAGCUGCUGAAGCUGGAAAGAGACUUUCAGAAACAAGCCAGUGUGCUCAGGCGGAAAACUGAAGAGGCAGCAACUGCAAACAAGCGUCUGAAAGAAGCUUUGCAUAGACAGAAGGAGGCAAUGGAUAGGCGGAAAGAUUCUCAGAAUAGAGGAAUGGAGGGGUCGGCAGCCAGAGUUAAGAGCUGGCUGGCUAAUGAGGUGGAAGUUCUUGUCAGCACAGAGGAGGCUCAGAGGCACCUGAAUGAUCUUUUGGAAGACCGGAAAAUCCUUGCCCAAGAUAUUGCAGAGCUGAAACAGAAAAAAGAUGCAGGAGAGCGUAUCCCUGCCAAAAUUCGGAGGCGAACAUACACUGUGGCUGAGCUUGAAAACUUAGAAGACACUGAUGCUUCAGUUACCAAGCAGAUUGAGAGUCUAGAGACAGAGAUGGAACUCAGGAGUGCUCAAAUAGCUGACUUACAGCAGAAACUGCUAGAUGCUGAUAGUGAGGAUGAAAGAGCCAAACAGAGAUGGGAAACUAUCACCAACAUCAUGGAAGCAAAAUGUGCCCUCAAGUACCUGAUGGGAGAGCUCGUCUCUGCAAAAGUGAUUGUCAGUAAGUUGGAAAGCUCCCUGAAGCAGAAUAAGGCACACACCGUGGAUCUGCAGAAAACCAUCUUUGAUGAGAGGAAUCAAAUGGCUGAGAUGGAGACUGAACACCAGAGCCAACUCAUGCAACUGGAGCAGCAGCAUCAGGAGAAGAUACUUUAUUUGUUAAGUCAGCUACAACAAAAACCCCAACCUACAGAGGCAGAAGAGCCCCCUGAGGACAAAAUAACAGAGAGAGAAAAGCAGCUGAUGGAAAGGCUUAAAUUCCAGGAUGAAGAAAUUGAGAAAAUGAAGGAGCUAUGUGAGAAAAACCAGCAACUUUUCCAGGAGAAUGAGAUGUACAAACAGAAAUUGGCGCUUCUACAGGUUGCAAGUGGAAGGAAACUAAUCAACAUCCUACCAGAGCCUCUGGUAGACUCUCCAGAUUCUCCCUUCGAUUUUAUUCCUCCAAAGCCAAAAUCUUCACGACGCCUGACCACAAAAACUGCUGCUGUGGUCCUGGAAGAUUUGCUCUCUGAGUCUGAGGAUUCUGAUCCUGAUACAACCGAUAAAAUUUGGUUGCCAGGAAAAAAUACGAAACAAACAAAAAGGUCGCCAAAUGGGUGUUCAUGUAAAGGACGUUGUGGGAACAAAAUGUGCCGCUGCAGGAAAGGAAAGCAGAACUGCUCUGAUGACUGUUUAUGUGACUCUUCUAAGUGCCGCAACAGAGAGAACAUGGAGGAUGCAAACGGUAAUGACCAGUCGAAGAACUCUGAGAACUCAAAAGUAGACUAUACUGGAGAUGUAACUGCUGGUGGCUCCUUCUUUUCUGCUCCCUGUGUCACACCUACCAAGAAGGUUCUGCGAGAGAUUAGUGACCUUGGUCAGGUGCUGUCAAUCAAGCUGCAGCGCAAACCACCAACUAAUGGUUCAGUUUCAGAAUCUCAAGAAAACCAAACAUCUUUCCUUAAGAAGAAGAAAAAGGCUCUGAGCAGCAGCAGCACAAGCUUCUUUGCUGGAUGUGCAACAAUUAAUGAGGAUGAGUGAGGCUGGACCUGUCACUUUAAACCCCAUACUAUAAUAUUGUGUUUAUGCACCCACAAGAACCAAGAAAUCAUGCAGAGCAAUGUGCUCUGGGAUAAGGUUCCCCUAGAUUAGAAAUAAGUCCUAUACGCAACUUAAUGGGUUGAAGUGUGCACAGAGUACUCGAAUCUAAGCCUGGUGUUUUUGUAAAUAUUUGUAUGUUUGUCUGUAGGGUGGGAUUGUGCUGCUCUGUUCAGCACUUACAUUACAUUGUCUCUAGAACUGAUUUUUAUAUAUCCGUUUAAUGUACAGAAUCCUGCCAGCUCUUUAUUCAAUGACCGUGAGCUUGUAAAGUGCGUUACUGUGAAGUCUUAAACCCAUAACAUUAGGUGUGACCCACUGCCGUAAAUUUACACCCUUAUAUGCAGUUUUUAAUUGCCUGUCCUGUGUUCUCAGUGCCAUUGGAGAGUGAUUGUUCAUUUCAUUCAGUUCCAUUUUCCUGUAAUAUAACAAUUUAACGUUUUACCUGAUGUGUAUUUGUGAUUUUAUAAAUGUUUUGUAGUUUAUUAUUAAAAACUUAAAAUGCAGGAAUGUGUUUGCCUUCUCUGUACAUGGAUCAGCCUAACCUUCCUGUUGUGUAACAUGAUCAGAAUCUAUGGGAGUACAUUGUAUAGAAAUGUUGACACUAUUUAAAAUUGAAAAAAUAAAUUCUCUAUUUAAA